UGGCUGGGAUUGUGAGUCAGGCUUUCUUUAGAAUGAUAGUCUAGAAUAGUUCCAAAUGCAACAUUUUAACGCCAUUCAAAUUGCAGCUGAAGAGCCAUACAAAACCUUUUAAGUCCUACAAGUAUUGGAGUAUUCUACCUAAAUGAGAACAUGGCUAAUCUAUGGCAGGUUAUAGUUGUGGCAUUAAUGUACUUUUGCACAUUGCUGAAAAGAAGUAUAGAACAGAUACAGAGAUGUUUGUGCUUCAAAAAUAGUUUAAAUUGGGUUCAGUUCAGACAGGCAGAUUCUGAUGCUGUAGAAGAGAAAUCUGAUAACCUACAGGCAGACAUCUGGAGAACAAAUCAAGAGUACAGGACCUAUCGGCACCAGAGCAAUGGACAAAUGGUAAUGGUGCAAACCAGCACACAUACUUUCCAUGUGGAUCUGGAGAAGCUUGCAGACUGCAGCGAGUAUUUCAAGGCUCUGUCCCACUCCUGCAUGAGAGAGACAUCCGAACAGCUGGUACACCUAGAACCUGUUCCCUCUCCAGUCUUCCACAACCUUCUACAAUUCUGCUUCCUACAGCAGUUCUGCAUUUCUGAAGACCUCCUUGGGGAACACCUACGGGUGAGCACUUACCUGCUUGCUUACGGGUUCACCAAUCGUCUACUGAUUGCCCUCUCUCAAGCCCUAACGGAGCACACCUGCUUAGGCUAUCUACAGCUGGCUGAAGAACUCUGCAGUGAGGAGCUCCAAGAGACUGUGCUAACCUACCUGAGCAAGUAUCUACUGGAGCGUCCACACCUGAGUCAGGGCUUGGAUCCACACCUUAAAGCAAAGCUUCUCAGAUUAAGGUCAAAGGGAACUCCACACUUAUGCUGCUUGAGAAAGGAGAACUUGACCUCAAGCAAUGACCUGGAAACAGAUGCUGCUCGAAAGCUCUUCAGGCUGGAGGAAGACAAGGAUUAUGGGAAAUGGAGUUCUAUCACAGAUCUGCCUUUUUGUGCAGAUAAGUGGUGCUUCACCACAGCGGUUCUCUAUAAUUACCUCUAUCUCAUAGGGGGUUAUAGACACCGUGUAAAGAAGGGUUAUGAGUUCAAGAUGGCUUCCUUCCGCUACAACCCUUUUACCAAUCAAUGGGUAUCAACAGCUCCUCUGAUUAAGCACAGGCGUCACUUCAGUGCAGCUGUGUGUGAGGGGAGAAUCUUUGCUGUGGGCGGCUGGUAUCUGGAUUCCCUUGUGACUCCUGACUCCGGCACAGGCAUCUACACUGCUGUGGAGAAGUAUGAUCCAUGGAAAGACACCUGGGAAUUUGUUUCCUCUCUCCCUCUGACAGACUUCCAGUUCAGCCUGUCCCUUUCCCAUGAUUCCCCACUCACAACCAGCCUGGGACACUGCCUCUAUGUACUGGGGAACAUCCAGAGAACUGGAGAGAAACUGGUGUUGCGCUACGAUACUAGACAAGAAUUCUCUCUCUUCCUCUCAGAUUGCUGGUGUGAGCUGCUCCCCACACUAACCCGCUCCAGUGCAGACCUCCCCAUCUUGAACUUCCUGGGUGCUGCUAAUAAUCAGUUGGUUGUAAUUGGAGGGAACAAUUCUGAAACCAUGGUGACAUCUUUCUGUGUGGAAUCUCAGAAGUGGGGCUGUAUCAGAGCAAUGGAGAAGACCACUUUAAUUGGCCAGGGCACCAUUCUGCAUAAUGAGGUCUACAUGUCAGGGAUGAAGGACAAUUCUAUAGUUAAACUGAACCUGCAUUCACUGUCCCUCUGUCCUCUUCCUUCCCUCCCUGUCACCACCUGCUACGAGAGCCUUUUCCACCUCUACUUCUGACCUUGUUUUUCUUCUUGUUUAAUUGCAACAAAAUGUAACAAAAUAUUUCAUAAAUAAAUGUAUCAACUUGUGUAA